AUGCCCUCCAACAACAUCGUAAACUCGCCGUUCUCGACCUCAAUUGCACCUGGACGCGGUGAAGUCGUACUCUCAAUUCUUCCUCCCGGGAUCCCUUCCCUUAGCACCCUUUCUUACAGAUACCCUUUGAAGCUGCUCUCGCGUAUACCCGGCUGCGAGCUUGAUUCUAAAUUCCCCGCCUCUGCGACUACACCAGUGCAUUUAUAUCUCCUUUCCUAUGGUGGCGGUCUCUUACCAGGGGACCAUAUCGAUGUCACGAUAAAGUUACGGCCGCGCAGCCGGCUUAUAGUUACUACUCCCCAAGGUAGCACGAAGAUAUACAAGACUGAAUCCCAGGCGAAAAGAGGCGACGUUGCUCGGCGGGGUACCAAUGUCUCCAAACUGGAUAGAAGCCAGCAGAUAAUAAAUGUCGAAUUAUCUACUGAAUCCGCUAUACUUUACUUGCCUGAUCCUUCUGUACCAUUUGAAAGGAGUAAAUAUGAGCAGAUUCAGCGUUUUACACUUCUUCAGGGGGAACGUUCGCCUCAGCCAGUAACGGACGACAUAGAAGCUAAGAGAGCUCAUCAAGCCAGUCUCUGUCUGCUCGACUGGGUAACAGAAGGCCGUAGUGCAAGGGGUGAGAAAUGGUCAUUUGACUUCUGGGAGGGCCGUAAUGAGGUAUGGGCUCGGGACUGCAGGACGAGCAAGAGCAGGCUUCUUGUCCGCGACACGGUAACAUUAUGCAACGAGGGUAGUACUAUCCCAGACGAGAAUGGCACGCCAAGGAGAGAUGAUAAUCUUCGCAGGCGACAAGCGUAUCUUUCGACGGCUCCUCUCUCGAUAGCAUCCCGGACCGCUUCUCACGGCGUCCUCGGCACCUUAAUUCUAUACGGACCCGUAUUCGAAUCUCUUUCCACGUUUUUCAUGGAAAAGUUUUCUUCGCUGCCCCGAAUUGGUACUCGUUUCUCUUCGUCUCCCGACUCAGAGGCCAAAUCAAAGUCCAAAGACAGUGAUCUUACAUGGACUGCAGCGCGAGUCCGCUCAGGCUUCGUGAUAGUCAAAUUUGGUGCACCUGAUUUCGAAUCAGCCAAACGCUGGCUAGGCAGUAUAUUCCGCGAAGAAGGUAGCGUUGAGAAGGAGUUUGGCGACGAGGCACUGUCAUAUCUCUAA